AUGUUUUCUGUCAAGGUUUUGUCAUCCCAUUGGAGAAUUCUCUUUUGUAUCUUGGAAAUUGGAUUUUUAUUGGUUCCUACUUUAGAAGCUGCAAAAGCCUGGUCUGUUACUAAAGUAAAGGCCCAAGAUACAGAUAAGCUGACCAUCUCAUGUCCAACUGGAUUCCACAUUGUUAUCACAUAUGGAGAAUAUGGAAACAAAGAUUCUAACUGUUCAGAUGUUUUUAAUCAAUACAGUUUAGCUCGGAAGUGUAACUACAAACAGGUAUGUGUUUUUCUUCAAGUAAAUGAUGGCAUGAAAACUUCCUGUCCCCAAGGCACUAAGCAAUAUUUAAAUUUACGCUAUAAGUGUAUGUCAGGUCAGAGUAUGUUACAAUUCACUCAACUUACUCAAAAAGAUAAAGUACACAGGCUUUCAUGUCCUUUGAAUGCCAGGAUAUACAUUGUUAAUGCAACAUAUAGUGAUAACGAAAAUACUUGUGUGAUUGAUGCAAAAGAAGAUGUAAAAUUUAGUUGUUGGGAGCAUGAAUGCACAUAUCAUAACACCAUUCAUGGUAUUAAUGAUACAUGUCCUAAUUUGAAAAUGAAGUUAUUGAUAAUGUACAUCUGUAAAGUAGGUAAGUACAUCUUCAAAAGACUUUCUCAUAAUCAUAUCUGA